AUUAGCCUUCACAUUAUUUGUUUUGGAAACAAAGCCACAGAUAGAACAGAAACAAAUUAGCAAAAAUUAGUUCUCUAUCAGAAGUUUAUCGUGAUUUGUUCAACUUCAGCUAUGCAACUUAGUGAAGACUGACCCAUUUGGUGUGCAACUACAAGACUAUAACUAUAGUUAAUGUGAGAAGGUUGUGGGGUCUAGGUGGGUUAAGAUCAUGGAAGGGGGCCCCAAUAUUCAGGUUGCAGUUGAAGAUGAAGAAACAUGUUGCGAUAGGGCUUACCAUCUGUGCUGCCAUCCUUCAGGCAAAGCACAUCGAUUUCUAGCCCUGAUAUUUAUGUGCAUUUUAGGAUUUGGUUCAUAUUUUUGCUACGAUAACCCCAGCGCACUACAGAAACAAUUCAAACAAGACCUGAAUUUGACUGAGACGCAAUUCACCGCCCUUUACUCCGUCUACUCUUGGCCCAAUGUUGUUAUGUGUUUUGUUGGAGGAUUUUUGAUCGACCAAGUAUUUGGAAUUCGAGCUGGAGCCAACAUUUUCAUGGGACUGACCCUGAUAGGCCAACUGCUUUUUACUGCGGCCGUCUACGUAAACCAGUACUGGUUAAUGAUUUUGGGCAGAUUUGUUUUUGGAGUGGGUUCCGAAUCAUUGGCGGUGGCCCAAAACAACUAUGCAGUUCUGUGGUUCAAAGGCAAGGAGCUGAACAUGGUGUUCGGGCUGCAGAUGAGCAUUGCGCGGAUGGGAAGUACCGUAAAUUUCUGGCUAAUGGAGCCAAUUUAUCAGUGGGUUUCCACUUCGUCCACAGGGACAAAAAUUUUGGGCUUGUCUCUGCUCAUCGCCUCGGCAACUUGCCUGUUUUCCACGAUCUGUUCGUUGAUUUUGGGAUACAUGGACAAACGUGCCGAACGAAUGACCAGAAGGUCGGAGGCCCGCACUACUGAGGCAGUCCGAAUCACCGACGCAAAGCAUUUCAAAGGCACGUUUUGGUUGGUCACUUGCAUCUGCGUUACAUACUACAAUGCUAUUUUUCCCUUCAUCAGCCUAGCGCAGCAAUUUUUUAUUCAGCGUUUCAGAAUGAACGUAAAAGAUGCCGAUCACAUAAGCAGUCUCAUAUACCUGAUAUCAGGCAUUAUAUCUCCUUUCACCGGAUUCCUGAUCGAUAAAAUAGGCCUGAAUAUUUUGUGGAUCCUGAUAUCCACCGUUGGCACCAUUAUCGCCCAUUUACUUUUAGGAUUCACUGCAUGUGAUCCCUACAUUGGAGUUAUUAUACUGGGAGUGGCGUAUUCCGUCUUGGCCAGUGGACUGUGGCCUCUAGUGGCCGUCAUCAUCCCCGAAUACCAGCUGGGAACUGCAUACGGAGUAUGUCAGGCAGUGCAAAAUUUAGGACUGGCCAUCGUGUCCAUCAUCACCGGCUCGAUCGUUGACAAAUGGGGCUUUAGAGUGCUAAGUAUGUUUUUCCUGGGCAACCUCUUCAUGGCGUUCAUGUUUACAUCAAUUUUGCUGAUAAUUGACCAGCGGGAGAGAGGUGUUCUUAAUCUGACUCCGGGAGGCCGAAAAAAGCACCAAGAAGUUAUCUUGGAAGAGAUAGUACAACGGCAAAGGCUGUUAUCAGCUGAACAGUUACCCGUGGACGUUGAAGCUCCUGCUCAAGAGUCUGCGGACAACAACUCAGGGUCAGACGAUACUAGAUUAAGAAAUCGAUAUAUAUCAGCCGUUGAUCGACUUAGCUCCUGAAUAGACAAGGCCUAGGAAAAUUCACAAAGAUGUGAUAUUUAACUAAAAAUAUAUGUAAUAUUUAUUUAAAAUUGCCACAUGAUGCGUUAGAAUAUUUCAAAACUAACCACUGCCUUUAGCCUUGUGGUAUGGGUUAAUUGUAUCUAAUUAGGAGAAUUGUGAUACCUAAUGUAAUUUCUAGUUAUCCGCAAGUUUUCCUCUAAAUAAGCUAAAAUGUCGGAAAAGUCGCUCUUUGUAUAAACAUAUACGCGCAGUUGAUACAGCGAGCUCAAAAGGGCGGACUUUUCAUGUAUUAAAUUUAUAAAUAUCUAGGAUUUAUUAACAUUAAUUUCGUUUUUACUGAGAUUUUUAUACAGAAAUUUUUACCAGAUUUGUUGGAAAAUUAUAUUAAAGAAACAAAGUAAGCGUAGUGUUUCAAUUUUCUCUGAUAUGGAUGUUUGUUGCAUUUAACAACCAAUGAAAGUGUCCUUGCGAUGGAAACCUGAGAACGCCCAUAUUUUUUAAAUAGAUAGCAAAUCGUCCCACUACAAUUAAAACACUAAUGUUUGGGCCAAUAAUAACGAAUAAAUCGUCGACUAAAGUCGUAGCGCGGCGUGUUUUUUUAGCUCAAUCGAUUCCUUUCGUCGAGCGAUUCCUUUGGAUCAGAACGUUUGCUUGAGCACAUCCUUUCACCUAUCAAUCAGUACCAUAGAUAAAGGCGAGUCAAUUACUUUGUUUACUUGACUAUUUCAACAUUGCACAACAUUUUAAAAGCAGUCGAAAUAUGGCGUCUUCAAAUGUUGCUCAGGUAAAAAAGCUUAAUGGCACUGCAGAUGUUUAUAUUAUACUUUUGGUAACUAUUUCAGAACUUCACAGCUGAAAGCAUCGUUC